AUGGCUGCGACGCCGGUGGCCGCCAGACCUUGUGAGGCCACGGACCACUCGGCCUCCCUGGACCAGCCCAUGAUGGACCUCGUGCCAGAGCCCAAAGUGGAGGAGGCGCUAGGCCUGAACCAACUGCCAUCCGAGCUGCUCCUGAUGGUGCUGAGCCAGGUCCCCCCACGCAUGCUCAUCAGACACUGCCGCCAAGUGUGCCGGCGCUGGCGCGCCUUGGUGGACUGUCAGGACCUGUGGCUGAUCAUCCUGGCCCGGGACCACCGCGCCCUGUGGCCAGUCCUCCAGAGCUGCCUGCCCCCCGCUGACGACACCAGGCCCUCUGUCCUGGGCCGCUUCUGCGUGCGCAGACCUCUGCAUCAGAACCUCUUUCGGGACCCCAAGGGCGAAGAAGACUUCCAGAAAAGGCCGCGGGUGAGCAGAGAGGAGGAGGUGGCUCUGAAGGAAAAGUGGCAGGGCGUCAUCCGUAGGGCGGGUUGGAAGAACAGCUUUCGCUAUCUCUACAGGUGGUUUGAGAAGAAGCAAGUGGUGGACCUGCAGGAGGAGGGUCUCUGGCCAGAGCUCCUGGACAGCGGCAAGAUUGAGAUUUGGGUCUCUGAUUGGCGGAUAGAACGACGGCAAAGCAGCAAACAUCGAUAUGAACUAACGGUCCUCCUCCUAGAUGCCAACAAGGCCAUCCUGCAUCGUUUUGCUCCUUUGCGUUUUCCCGAACAGCCGAGAAGAAAGUGUGUCUUCCUCCAGGUCAACCACGAGUUCUCUAACCUCAAGAAGGGUGUCCGCUUUGUUUCUUUUGAACACACAAUCCGGAACAUUGAGUACAGACCCGAAUGUUAUAAACUCUAUCGGUCCAGCUCCAGUGUGUCCGUGCUGGUCCGUUGUGAUCAACAACCUGGCUGCGCCUCCCAGGAGCUGGAGUCAUUGGCGGGGCCAUCUCAUUAA